AUGGCUCCUGUUCCAAGCACGCUUUUGCAGCUGCCGCCCGAGAUAUUGUGGGGUAUCCCGCCUUACUUGUCCAACCGCGACAUAAAGAGCCUCCGGCUGACCUGCAAGGCUCUGUGUGCCAUUUCACAACUGCGUCUGGAUCGUGUCUUCUUGUCGGCGAACCCGCGCAACAUCGAGGUCUUACGGGCUGUAGCUGAUCAUGAGGUCCUCCGUGAGGGGGUUGUUGAGAUCAUCUGGGACGAUGCGCGUCUGAAGAAAGGGCUGAUCCAGAGAAGAUCUCAUGACCCUCAAAGUCGUUACUACGAUCCGACCUUGAAUGAAGAGUUUGACAUUAUAGAUGAGCUUGAUGAUGACGAUGAGCUAGGUUACGACACAAAUGAUGAGUAUGAGAAUCAGGACAGCGAUGAGGACAGUGACGAUGAGGAGCAGCAUCCGCGCUGGUUCGACCUUGGGUGCCGACAAAGUCUGCAGAAUAUGAAGAACCAUAAGGGGCCCAAUAUGUAUCGGCCCGAUCAAGUUGUUCGCGCAGAGCUGGCCGCCAACGUCUCGCUCAGGAAGCGCUCAUGGCGAUACUACCAAGAGCUCAUCCGCCAGCAAAAGGAGGUGUUGGCAACAAACGCGGAUGAAGCGGCCUUCAAGUACGGACUACAGCACUUCCCAGCCCUACGGCGCGUCACUAUCAGUCCUGCAGCCCACGGCUUUCUGUUUAUGCCGCUCUAUGAGACGCUCAUGAUCCGGGCCUUUCCGCGCAGUUUCAACUACCCCAUCCCGCGCACAUGGCCGAUAGAAAAGUACGAGCAGAAGCUCUGGGAGAGGACACCGGAGAGCGACAAGGACACAUGGCGCGCGUUUCGCAUAGCUACGCGGACGCUUGCCGCUGCCGGGACCAACGCUAGCCAGUCUGUGCAACAAGAGCAGCAGCAGCAGCAGCAGCAGCAGCAGAAACCCGGCAUCACUGAGAUCAUCGUCGACGUCAACCAGCUCCUCACCGGCCUCAACGCACACAUGUUUGACGAGGAGUGCGCCGAGCAGCGCGACCUGGCCACCGCCCUCCGGCAACCCAACUUCCGGCGUCUCGAUCUCGCCCUGGCCGUCGGCGGGCUCGAGCACUACGGCUGGCGAGCCUUCCGCAGCGGCUGCCUGCGGCGGACGCUGGCUUCAGCGCCAACCCUUGAGCAUGUCAAGCUCACGACUGACAUGGCGAAUGACCCUGACAUGGAUUAUAACGGCAUCCCGGGCUCGGGCCUCGACCACCACUUCAUUCCACUACGCGACAUCUUCCCCAUCGACGUCUGGUCACGCCUCAGCCAUUUCGCGCUCUCCCGAUUCCAUGUGCGGCAGGACGACCUCCUCUCGUUCCUCGGCGCCCUACCGCCGACACUCCGUUCCGUAGAGCUCAGCUUCCUCUUCUUCCUUGACGGAUACUAUCGGGACCUUCUCGACGGCAUGCGCGACCAGCUCGGGUGGCGGGAGCGGCCUGCUGAGCAAAGACCGCGCGUGUCCAUCGGCCUGCCUAAAUACGGGCUGGGCAAACUUACGCGUGUGGUAUGGGGCGAUGUACCCGUGGAGCAGUUUCUAUAUCAUCACGGGCCCAAUCCAUUUGGAACAGACCGGGGGGCUCGCAACCAGAUACCACAAGGUGCGGGCGGAGUCGUCAGGGACUCUUUUGAUCCUGCGUUCGAGCAGCCUUGGGUCUUGCCGGACGAAUCGAGGCGGCUUGGCUACGUUGAGACUUCGUGGUGA